GCAGUGUGCCUAUUGGUCAGGACUGAUGGGACAGCAGAUUCACGGACAAUGAUAGGACAGCUACGGCAUUGGAGAUGCAUUACUUCCACGACCUCGUAUAAAAAAGUGAAAUAACAGUGAUUUAUUCGACUUUAUCUCUUCAUUAUCAAGCUUUGUCAUUCCUCAUAUUCGAUGAGGUGGAACUGAUAGCAUGCAGCCGAGGGACAGAACAUUGUAAAUAGCAACAGUGCGCUCAGGACAGGAGGAGGUUCAAGAGAUUGAGGACCAAAACAAUCUGAACAAUAAAAUCAACAGUCAUGGCUGCAGAGAAUAACUUCCCUCCAAUACCGGGGUUCAUCCCCCUGCAGCCGUGUUUCUACCAGGACUUUGACGAGGAGAUCCCUGAACAGCAUCGCACCAUGUGCAAGAGACUCUACCACCUGUGGAUCUUGUAUGCAAUCACCCUGGCUGUGAAUCUGGUGGGCUGCUUUGUGUGGAUGCUGGGUGGAGGGGGUGUGACAAAUUUUGGCAUGGCCAUCAUAUGGUUGAUACUCUUCACCCCCUGCUCCUAUGCAUGCUGGUUCAGGCCCAUCUACAAGGCCUUCAAGACUGACAGCUCGUUCAACUUCAUGGCGUUCUUCUUUGUGUUCAUGGCCCAGGUGGGCAUCAGUAUUAUCCAGUGCAUAGGGAUCCCAGGCUGGGGAAACUGCGGCUGGCUGGCCACCAUCUCUUUCUUCAGCUACAACCUUUGGAUCGCCUUGCUGAUGCUUAUCCCCACCCUCUUUUUCACUGCCACGGCAACGCUGUCCUUCAUCGCCCUCACCAAGGUCCAUAACUUCUACCGUGGCAGCGGGGGCAGCAUAGGCAAGGCUCAGGAGGAGUGGACCACAGGGGCCUGGAAGAACCCCCACAUCCAGCAGGCAGCGCAGCAGGCAGCUAUGGGAGCCGCCACGGGGGCCAUGAUGCCGGAUCAGCAGUACUCCAGCAACACCCCACAGUACAAUGACAACCAGAUGUAGGGGAUAAAGUGGAGGGAAGCAUGUCAAAGCAGGAGCAGGAGUUUGGUAUCUGUUUAUCCCAUCCCCCAAAAAGUGUGUCUUUAUCACAACAGCUCUUUCUAUAGGGCAGGGGUCUUCAACCUUUCUUGCCCAGGGACCCUCUCCCAGGCACACCGGCAACCCAGGGACCCUCUCCCAGGCACACCGGCAACCCAGGGACCCUCUCCCAGGCACACCGGCAACCCAGGGACCCCCAUCAUACGUUAGGGAUUUGUUUUCUUCUCACAUGUCUUGUCUUAGCAUCAAGUGAAUGAUAAUGUCAAGGAGAAGUAAUCAACAUUUCAAAAAUGAAUAGGAUUUGGUAGAUUGUUUUUCAUUAUUGUAAUUGGGGAAGGAAGUCUAACAUAGCCUAUUAGCUUGAAAGGUAACUCCAAAUACACCUAGAGCUGCUGUUUAGCUGGUUACACAAAGGUUAGCCAUAUGUUUGUAAAAAUGCAUGUCUAAGCCAAGAAAGCUUACCAGCAGCCAGCGACACUUGACGCACUGGUAGCCGAUAUCAGAUACUCCGGUGAGUGUAAUUGGCUCCAAUAAGUGUAAUUUGCUUAAUAUUAGGAGUUAAGAAAUAAUGUCGACAUCAUUAGAAGGAUGAUAUUCUCCUCUUUUCAGCUGUAAUCAUUUAUUCUAUUGUUGCUAGCGACAUACCCCUGCUAUAGGGCACUACACUACACUUCCACACGAUACCAGCUGACUCUGAACACCCAUAACGUAAAGACAUUUCAUGUUCUCAGCAUCUACACUGAACUACAGUAUCCGGUUUCGACUAUGUGAUGUCAUAUUUCUGCUUCCGCUGCUUUGUCUUGGUGCGUCACAUCAAAGACGUGUCCCUAUCUUAUGUCACUGUGUUAGCAGGGCCCUGUGGCCAUAUGCACACAGCACCAACUCUGCUCGUCAGAGCUCAAUCUGAUCACCCACUAUCCUCUCCUCUAUGAUCUUCGGUUUUGGUUUUUGGUAGCCUCCUCCUGCUCAUGACUUGUAAAGUCAUGCUCAUGAUAUAGUAUCUCAAUUAUAUAUUUGCUUGUUUUUUUCAUAGUAAGUUACUGGACUCUAGGUUUUGCCGUGAAUAAAUGUAGCCACUGGCUGUAGGAAGAGAGCCAUGUAAGACUGUGUUUGAGUGCAAUACUAUUCACUUUUAAAUUUGUAUUUUUAUUUUAUUUUUUAAAUCUACUGAUUUCAAAGCGGAUAAAAGCGGUUUAUUACAGAAUGUAGCACUGGGAUAACUUUAAUAUUUUACCAGGAGUGUUUAUGUACAGUAGGAGAUGGCGUAUUUGGUAAUAAAUAUGUACUUUGUAUACUAGUGAAUGCCAGCUGAUUGAACAAAACGGACUCUCCUCUGAGCCAUCAGGGUAUUAUUUUCAGGUAAUGCAGAGCUAUAAACACUGGGCACAAACUGUGAA